CGGAGGUAGCGCCCAGUUCCCUCCGGUGUGGCGAAAACGGGGAAAGAGGAGCAGGAAAUCAAAGGCGUCCCCCGAUUCCCUGCAAGGUCCAACGGCGGCGCCCUCCUCAUCUAUCGGAUCGACCGCUGGCCUCGCCAGCGACCUUCUCCUCCGCGCCCCAGCCCGCUCGAACGCCGCUGCCCUCCUCGCCGACGGGAUCAGAGCCGUCGGGCUCACCUCCAGCGUCUUCCUGUUCUCUCCGACGAGUGCUGCUCCGUCCGCACCCACGAGAACGCCUGCACCUGCUAGAACGCCACCGCCUGCACUCGCGCGAACGCCUCUGCCCGCUCCCGGGAUUACGCCGCCGCCCGCACCCGCGCGAACUCCGCCGCCCUCCGCAAGUGAAAUCAUGCCCGCAACUCCAGAGUAUGAGAAAAACAGGUUGGCAAGGAUUGCGAGGCGCAAGGCUGAGGAGGCAGGGCCUCUUGCAAACAUACGGAACAUAGCUAGUCAACUGCUAUAUGGCCAGAAUACAAAAGACAAACAGAGGCACAAAGGUGAUGACGGUGGUAGUGGCUCCGAAUAUGAGCCAAAUGAUGAUGAGGAGGCUGAUGAUGGCGAUGAGGUUUCUGGAGAAGAAGAGGAGCAUGAGCCAACUGUACAUAUGUCAAAGGAAAAGGAAAAUCAACCUUCGACAAAGCCACAAGGAAGAAAGCGUGCCCGGUCCAAAACCACAGUACCUACUACCACAAGAACAACAAGAGCAUCGGCAUCUAGACUUAACCAGACUGACCAUACCUCACCUAAUGACGACACAUCAGCUCACCGAACUUCGAAAGAUAGUAACUCACCCCAGGCCGAUACAGAGAUGCAACAUUCUCAAGACAUGACAAACUCCUUGCGCCAAAUUGAUAACAGUGAUACACUACGGGGCCAAGAUGCUUUAGUAUGCUCUAAUGGUCCAACUAAUCCAAAAACCUCAAUGAGAGUCAAACGUAGACCAACCAUGGGGCAGGGUUUAGAUGAUUAUGCAAAAAGAAACGGAGGGAUGAAGAUGAAGAUUGAUUUCUCAGCUGGCAGAGUGAGGCCUCUUGACCCUGUCCAAGCAGCCAAGCUUGCUUCUCAAUGUGGUGUACACGUCCGCAGCAACAUCAUGCAUGUUGCUACACAUUGGAAUGAUUAUAGCAAAGAAGACCUAGCCCAUCAUAUUCCUAAAGCUAUUGGUCAUGUUGCGAAAAACUUUGAAAUGGAUCCAAAAGAUGAGGUGUCCAAAGGUGUAUGCACAAAGAUACUCCAGAAGGGUGUUCGGCAACAGCGAUAUAUCUUGAAGAGGGAUUAUUUUAAUGGUCGUACCCGUGAAGAAGCGCUAUCUCGUAAGCCACCCAAAGUUAGUCAACAUAAUUGGGAAACUCUUGUGAAUAAAUGGUCAGAUGAAAGAAACAAGAAAAUUUGUGCCAAGAAUAAGGAGAACCGAGAAGGUGUUAAGCAUCACCAAACUACAGGCUCUAGGUCUUAUCCUUCUCAUUUCCACCAACUUAAAAAAGACAAGUACAACAAUGAGGAUCCUAGUCCCAUUGAGUUUUUCAAAGAGACCCAUACCAAUAGAAAGACGGGAUGCAUGAGCACAGCUGCGCUUGAAGCUUAUACUGAUAUGGAAAACAAAAGGAGUGAAGCGCUUGAGCACCCGGUGUCUGGUACACAUAUUGUGGCUGAAGUUCUGAAGGAGCAUAGCUCCUCAAGCACCUUCCUUUCUACCAUGGGGUACCAAUCAAGAUCUGGGAGGUCUAGGACAUCAGCUUCUGAAGAACGCGUCCGAGAGUUAGAAGAGAAAGUUGAACAACAGAAGAUAGAAGCAAUAGAGGCAAAUGCGAUGUACCAACAACAGUUAAACGAGAGAGGUAAAACGCAAGAAGCUGCACUUGGAGAGAUGCAAAGGAAGCAACAAGAAGAAUUGGUGGCUAUGAAGAAGAUCCAAGAAGAGAAAAAUAAAGCAUAUGAAAAGAAGCAAGCGGAGCAAGACAGCCUUAUUAGCUUCCUCUUACGGAAACAUGCAACUCAAAACUAGACACCAUACGUGAUGGUGCAUGAAAGCCAUGAUCAGAUGGUGGUGCUAUUCUAGCAUUAACUUAGUUUAUUUGUCUUUACUCAUGUCAAAAUUAUAGUGCAACUUAUUUAUUUCUGUGAGAUGAUAUGUGGUUGUCAGUUUGAUAUGUACUAUGAUUUCCGUGGCAAAUAAGUGUAUGUUGUCAUAUGUAUUCAACAUGAAUUUUGGUUCAGAGUCUA